AUGCCAGAACUUUAUGAUACUGUUAUAUCAUUUAAACAACUUUCUAGCGAUUUUCUUAAAAUUUUAGAUCAGGAAGAAACUUUUGAUGUGAUAAUUCAUGUUGGAGACGAGAUCUCUAGUGAAUCAUUUAAAGCACACUCGAUCAUAUUACGAACUAGUUAUAUAUAUGGAGCAUAUUUGAAAAUCGAAAAGCUUGGGGUAACGGAAAAAUUACAAUUGUUAAAAGCAGCUGAUAUAUUAAUGAUGGAUGCUUUUGUGGAUUAUUUAGAAGCUGAUUUAAUCAAGACAGUAAAAUCAUGGGUAAAUGAGAAAACUAGUGAAGUAUUAUAUGUAGCAUUACAAAUAUCACGGUGUAAAGAAUUAGUAUCAUUAUGUAAUGAUGCAAUUCUACGUCAACCAAAAACUUUCGUAAGCUCUAAAGAAUUUUUAUUCAUGCCACACGAUUAUGUGGUCAGUCUGCUGGAACGAGACAUAUUAGGAUUGGAUGAAAUAGACAUUUUUGCUGCAAUAAUUAUGUGGGGUAUUAAUAAUACACCUGGCAUUUCACUCGUUGACGAUUUUUCAACUUGGACUGCUGAUAAUAUAACCACUUUACAAUCUAAU